GUGUCAUUCUUCUCAUUGAUGUAAAGAGGCAGUAUUGUGUAGUGUUCUUCAUUGACAAACUUAUGCAGAUUUGGCGGGACAAUAGAGUCCAACAGAGAACCCAAUUGAGCGGUGAUUGAGUUGUCCGACCUUGAGGAAGUGUGGGUCACUGUUAUCCCCGCGUGAGAGUCGAAUGUUGAAGUGAAGACAUAGUCAACGACUGAGGAUGAAGUUGAUAUUUCCGGCAUUUGCAAAUUGCUGGACGUGUAGGGUGCGUGUGUGUGGCGGAAAGAACAGGAUGCAGGGUGUCGUACAGAUGGAGGUGGAAACUUGGAGUGGGCGUGCCGAAGAAAGGAAGAAGGCGGAUGGGGUCAGAGUAGUCGAGAAACAAAAGGAGAAGACGUGGGGGCGGUUGGGUAUUGUGCACUAUAUAUAUGGAAGGACGGGGACGUGUCCGCUGGAGACUCGUGAAUGCACAGCAGAGUUGGAUGCACCUGGAUCUCUAGGUACAGCUGAGGCCGGAUAGUUUCGUGGAACGCAACGAAGGAAAUGAGAAUGCUCGUUGGCGGAGAGAAGGAAGGGAAAAAUGAAGCAGGAUUAAGUCUCUGCUGGAUAUGCCCGGUGGGUAAAACGUGUGUGCAGGAAGGUUCAGUAGUUUUCGAAGUGGGGGGAGGUGAACAGUGGAAGGGGGAGAAGGGCCGUAGUCGAAAGAAGAAAAAGGCUCGAUCGGG